ACAUAGAUAUAGUAUUAAACUCCAUAGAUUGGGCUUAUGAGUAAAAGAGAGCUACCGCGCCAUACGGUACUUUCGUGUGUUAGAAAGAGAAAGUGAAUGAACCUGUCAGCGAGACUAAGCACAUAUUUGCUACCGGUACAUAACGGCCAAUAACGGCCCAGUCGUUAGUGAGUGAAUACAUUUCGGCAAUUUCUUAUGUAAAUUAUAGUGACAACUAGUAACUUUAUUGUGUAUAAUACGAUGGUUUCUUGUUCCGUACCAGGAUGUGAUUCUUCCAAAAGGAAUAAUCCCCAGCAUUAUUCAUUUCACCAGUUCCCUAUAAAUCCGGAGAGCAGAGAAAAGUGGUUGCGGAUGUUAAACAGACCACAUUGGACUUCGCAUAAAUAUACUACAAUAUGCAGCAAGCACUUUCAUCCACACUGCUUUUCAGUUACUAUUGGUCAAAAAAGAAGAAAGUUGCGAAGUGGUUCUGUUCCUACUAUAAGUAUGCCGGUAGAAAUUCCUCUUCCACGUAAAUCAACUGUGUAUCGCUACCGAGAUAUUGAAUCUUUACCUAGGUUAUCUGAAAAUAGUAUUUCAAUCAGUGGUAUUGAAGUGACCCCAAGGAAGAGGAAAAUGUUAAAGACAAUAUCACAAUUGAAGAGAAUUAUUGACAAAGAAAAAAAACUAAAAAAUCUACGUGCUCAAAAGAAACGUAAGGAAUCUAAAAUAAUUCAACUUAGUCAAGUUGUCAGAGAUUUACAGGCCCGUCCAUCAUUGAGAAAUGAUUUGACUGCAGUUAUAGAAUCUUGUCCAAAUGAGCUUUUGUCACACUUGGUAGAAAGGGUCAAUAGCAAUAAAAAAAAUGUUAUUAAUAGUAGGACAAAAUAUGGGAUAGAAUUAAGAAAAUUUGCCAUCACUCUGCACUUUUAUAGUCCACAGGCUUACAAUUUUAUAAGAAAAAAGUUUUCUCUUUGCUUACCACAUCCAAGAACCCUUAGAGGUUGGUACCAAAAUAUAAAUUGUGAACCUGGGAUUACUCAGGAAGCCAUUAAUGCAAUUAAACAAUUUAGGGCAGAAAAACCGGAUUUGAUUAUUUCUUUAAUAAUGGAUGAGAUGGGAAUAAGAGAAUUUACGGAAUGGGAUGGCCAUAGGCAUUAUGGGUUUGUGGAUGUAGGCAAUAAUUUAAGUGGUGACAAGAUAGAAUUAGCCAAUGAAGUUUUAGUAUUUAUGGCAGUAGCUGUAAAUUCAUAUUGGAAAUUACCAAUUGCCUUUUUUUUUGGGAGAGGUUUUACAGCUGUACAAUAGGCUUCACUUCUCAAAUUAUGCUUAGAUGCACUGACAGUAACAGAAGCAAAAGUCAUGUCAGUGACAUUUGAUGGGAUUGCUUCUAAUAUUAAUAUGGUUCGAAUUUUAGGGGCAAAUUUGGACCAUGAACCUUACAAACCAUUCUUUAUAUAUAAAAGUGCAAAAAUUUAUACAAUUUUCGAUGCAUGUCACUUAUUAAAAUUAAUAAGAAAUGCCUUUGCUGAUUUUAAGACUUUCUAUCGUAAUGACGACAUCAUAUCUUACUAUUACAUUACUAGUUUAAACGAAUUACAAGAAAAAAUUCAAUUAAAUUUAGCUAAUAAGUUAACAUAUAGACAUGUUAACUAUUUCAAAAAUAAAAUGAAAGUUAAGCUUGCAGCCCAGUUACUCAGUAAUUCUGUUGCUACAAGCAUUGAAUAUUGUGAAAAAAACACAAAUAUUCCUGAAUUCAAAGGGGCAAAUGCUACAGUAAAUUUUAUCAGAAUUGUCAACAACACUUUUGAUAUUUUUAACUCAAGAAAUUUAUUGAGUCCAGGUUUCAAAAAACCUAUCAAUUCAAAUAAUGUCAAUAUGAUUUUUAAAGAACUAGACAGGUUUACAGAGUUCAUGCAGAGUUUAACUUUGGAAAAUUACCAAAAAGUUAUUACUUCAAACAGAAAAUUAGGUUUCCUAGGUUUUAUUUUUAAUAUUCAAUCUUUAAAAAUGUUGUAUAAUGAUUACAUAAAUUCAGAUUUGUUUAAGUUUCUCCCAUUGUACAAAUUAUCACAAGAUCAUUUAGAAACAUUUUUCAGUUGCAUAAGAAGUCGAGGGGGUUUUGAUAAUAACCCAUCUGCACGAAGUUUUAUAUCUGCAUAUAAACGGUUGUUGUGUCAUGCAGAAAUACAAAUAAGCGAUAAUACAAAUUGUCUGCCAAUUCAAAAUGUAACCAUAUUAGCUUUAAGUAAUUUGAGCACUAUGCAGCGGUUAAAUUUAGCCAUUGGAAAAACCGAAGAUCAUGUCGAUGAAGAGAUCGCAGAAUUUUCGGUUUCUAGUAUUCAUGAGGAAGACGACUUUUUAGUUUCUUUGCCAUACACACAAGGAAAAGAAGUUAUUAAAAUUGUUGUACAGUAUAUAAGUGGAUAUAUUGUAAAAGCUUUGCAAAAAAAACUUAAGUGUGCAGAUUGCAUUGCAGUCCUGCAUUCUCAGGAAAGUGAUAUAAAAUCAUUAAUAUUUCAUAAAGAUAAAGGAGGCUUAAUUUAUCCGUCAAAAGAUGUGAUCGACGUAUGUUUGUUUUGUGAAACAAUUUAUAGAGAAAAUAUAAGAUUUAAAAAUCUCAAUAAAAACCAAUUACGUCUGAUUAUCACGAGGACAAUUUAUAAUUUUUUAAACAAAUUUUCAACUUUAAAUGAUCACUGUUUCCCAUCUCUAAAUGAUCAUAUUUAUGAUCAAGAUCCAAUAAACAAUCAUAAGUAUUUAUUAGUAAAAUUGAUUAUUGAAAAGUUUUUUAUCAUAAGAAUAAAGUAUGAACACAAAUUGCGAAAUGUUAACAAAGAUAGUAUUCGACAAUUUUAUAAUAAAAUGAUUAUUUUUAAGGGUACCUAAUAAACAUUUUUUGCGAGUC